GUUGCAUUUGGGGUCGUAAUUAGUUGGUGGCUGUGAUUCAAACUGGGUGAUUUUGGCACCAAGUUACUGAAUACCUGUAUAUCGGAUUAGCUUCGAAUAUGUUAACGAGGCUGUCGGUGGUAUCCUCCCAUCCCAGACACAAAUCCCCCUGACGUAUCUUCAAACAAUUCAAUCAUGGAAAAUCAUUUCUCACGGCGCCCAGCGUUCGGGCAAGUUGCAGCGAUAGGAACUUUGUACGAUGCAAGGAAUGAGCGCUUCCUCUCCGGAUCUCUCUUCGACAAAGCACUGCCUCUAGCAAGCCUGUCAAAAACUAUCAUUGGCAAAACAACCUGCAAGGUCAUUCAUAAUGACUCAUACGAAGACAACCUCAAGUUGAUGGGCGUUGGCAAUGACUUCGGCGCGAGUAUCCUCGCCAGGCUUGUCGUGCCAGACGGCGCUGGUCGAGUUCUUGGCGAGAAGACCGACAGCAGACACAUCUUACAUGCAGCUAUCCACCACCAGAUUUUGACCGUCAGAGAAAAGCUGGAUCCAGCGAGCCCAGGAGUCAACGAGUGCAAGGCCGCUUCGUUCGCAGAAAAUCACGAUGCCACACAUAUUGUAAUGGAAAUCGAAUGGGGAGCCCAGAGCACCGUGAUGGCAAGAUCUCACUCAGAUACGAGAAAAAGUCGAUUCCAGGCCCAGGUUCAGGCAUUACAAAAGGCUGUGGAAACUGGACGUCCUAUCGUUCAAGGAAAUGUUGCUUGGCUGGCGGAUAACGACACACAAAUCGAUGUUAUGGCCUUCAGCGACAUCUUAGACGAUGGUAUUCUCAUGAGUGACUCUCAAAAGUUCCAGGAGGCAUACGAAUUUCUGAGCGUGAUUCCAGCUCAUAUCAAGCAUGAAAACAGUGGCAAAGGAAAUCCAGUUUUCUACACACUUCUCCCCAUUCCAUUACUCAAUGUGUUUCUUCGGACGGAAACGGCGGAAAAUGUUACCUACGUACAACCAAGUCAAGACCUACUAACGUACUUCGUCAAGAUACUCGACGAGUUUGACUUCUGUCGUCGAAAGUGGAAUGACUACCAAGCGUUCGUUGUGACACAUAAGUGGUGCAUUCCGGAGACCCACAUACGAAGUAUCGCCAGUCAAAAACAAAAGCUCGAGAAUGCCAAAACUGCUCUGCAAACAAAAUACGCACAGGUUCUAGUGGAUGUCCGCGAGGGCCACUCACAGUUGGAGACACUUCGCGUGCUCCUGGGUGAGUAUGCUCGAGGAUCCUCAUCGCCGAGGGAGAUCGCCAUAUUCGAUGAGUCCCAGCAAGCCAAACUACAGUUCAUCGACAAGAUGGUUGAAAGUGGAGCUACUUACAUUGGAUACAAUGGCCUAGAUCUGGAUUCGGAAAUUUCGAGGCGCAAGGAUGGCGAGGUAUAUGUUUUAUUCUUCAGCAGCCUGGCUAGAGGUGAUCAGCAAUCGUGGGUAUCAAACCAAGCUUUGCUGCUAGAACUACUACAGAAAGCUCAGCCCAACUGCUUUAUCGCCAUAUUUGACUGCGAUGCGGCUGGAUUCAAGCUAGAGAAAGCACACAUACGGCAUUUUGAGAACGGGAGAGAGGCCGCAACGGACUUGGUAGAAGAGCGACACUUCCUGGCUGAUAAAUGUUUCGCAAGGCACAGCCAGUUUGGACUGGAGACUGAAGACAUAUUGAAGCCAGUCAGACGGCGAUUUGUUAAGAUUGCCUGCCCGGGUCACAACUGCGACGUGAGGGAAGUCUGCGAAUGGUUAUGUCCCCAAUGCAUGGCACCUAUUGAAUUCGGAUACUCCGAUCAGUUCUUCUACUGCGACUGCGGGAGAAAUAGCUUCAGUAAUUACGACUUCAAGUGCAAAGGCUCAACCCAUGGAGUAGAGUAUGCGAAGUAUGAUCCAAACGUCUUGAAUACUUUACUUCAAAGCCUCGACCAAUCGAACUAUCAAAACAUAUUGAUCCUCGGCGAAACAGGUGUGGGAAAAUCGACGUUCAUCAACGCUUUCGUAAACUAUCUGACAUUUGACACACUUGAGGACGCCAAACAACAUAACAGUCUUACUUGGGUCAUACCAUGCUCCUUCUCAACACAGACAAUGGAUCGGGAAGGGCCUGAUGGCGAGAUUGUCGAAACAGAAAUCAAGGUGGGGUCCAGAAUUGAUGAAAACGAUGGGAGCAAAGGGGCCUCUGCAACACAACAGACCAUUGUCCAUUCAGUCGAGGCAGGCGCUGCAACCAUCCGCUUGAUUGACACGCCCGGAAUCGGGGACACGCGGGGCAUUGCCUAUGAUCGCAAGAAUAUGGCCGAUAUUCUCCAAACAUUGAGCAACUACGACGAGUUACAUGGCAUUCUGAUCUUACUCAAAUCAAACAAUGCCCGCUUGACAAUCAGUUUCAUUUACUGCUUGAAGGAGCUUCUGAAGCACUUGCAUCGUAGCGCUUCAAGUAACAUGGUAUUUGGAUUCACCAACACACGCAUUUCUAAUUACACCCCGGGUGACACGUAUGGGCCUUUGAAGACCUUACUCGGCGACCAUCCUGAUGUCGGCCUCUCGCUCACUACGCAUACCACAUAUUGUUUCGAUUCUGAAAGCUUUCGCUACCUGGCUGCUUACAAAAACAAUGUCUUCUUGGACAAUGAAGAGGACUUCCGUCGUAGCUGGCAACACUCCAGGAUGGAAGCCUUGCGGCUCGUCAAAAACUUUAACUCUAAACCGCCCCAUUCUGUGAACAGCACUCUCAGCCUCAAUGGAGCCCGCGAGCUGAUUUCCGAGCUUACAAAGCCCAUGGCAGAAAUUUCGCAAACCAUUCGCGCCAACAUCGCCCUGUGCGCGGAUAAAGAGCAAGAAUUGGGAAACACCCAGCUCACUGGCAACAAUCUACGCAAGCGGGUCCAACUGCAAAGAAUACAACUGCACCCUAAAACACUCGACAAGCCGCGGACGGUGUGUACUGCCGCCUCAUGCGUUGAAUACAAGGAUGACGGCAAUGGCAAUGGUACGGUUGUUACGAACUACGUAACCCACUGCCAUCCUGUAUGCUACGUCUCGGGCGUCCGGCCAGACAGUAUCGCCCACCCUGGACUUCGGAACUGCGCGGCAUUCAGCGGUGAGUUGUGCAGAAAAUCUAGCUGUGGACAUAGAUGGGAACAGCAUCAACAUGUGAUGUAUGAGCUGGUUGAAAAGAUGGCGACAGUCACAGACAGCGAAAUCGAAAAGCAAUUGAACGCCAAUGCCGGUGAUGUCACCCUGAGGCAGACAGCCAUUAGAGAGCUUAAACAAGUAGGCAUGGAAUAUGGACAGGAGCACAGGCAGAUCCAGCAAGCGGCUGCCCAGUUCGGUAUGUUUUUGAAGCAGAACUCGUUGUCUCCCAUCAACGAUGCGACUAUUGCAUACAUCGACUCCUUGAUAGCUGCCGAAAAAGAUAAGAUAGAAGUUGGAGGAAACAAAAUCAAACUCAAGGCUCUCGAGGCUGAUCGUGCGGAAUACAUCGAAACGAUGAAAAUUCUGACAAUCAACAUGAAUAACAACGCCAACUUCAAACCGCUUGACGAAGCAGGCGUCAGCCAACUGGUGAAGCAGCUAUACUCCCUCAAGCACUUUGGCAAGAACCUCCAGAAUGUCAAGAACAUUACCGCAAAGGCGCAUCAGGCAACGUACCGAGAGAGACCCCACCGACUGCCUAGAAACCAGAAUAAUUCGAAGAGUCUUCUCCAGAGUGUUUGGACCAAAACUCCGCCGCCGCAGCCCGUUACUCGCAUACAAGGGCAUUUCCCUCCGCUGCCCUCGCGCAACAAUGUUCUUGUCAAAAAGACAACGCCAUCUUCUGGUUCAUCGAAGGGGAGCUCGGUAUUUAGUUGGUUUAAGUGACAAAGUAGCGAAGGUAGCGGCGCGAGGGGUUUCGACGAAGUAUUCAGGAUUGGGAAGAAGAAAAAUUGUCUCCCGUGCUUCGGUCGGAGAGUAUAAUGACUUCUGCCUGUCAUAAAUUACAUGAGGAAUAGGGGGAAGUGUUGCGGUGAUGACAAUAUUGAUGGUAAAAUGAUGUAAUUGCUGGUUGACUAAGCUAAGUACAAGCUGAGUGAAGAUAAAAGAAAGGGGUUUGAAAGGAUAGAAGCCCCCCUUGUACACACUCUUGAUCCUUAGUUCUAAGGUAGUCUAGUAAGUGAGAAAUGAAUUGUUCUGGUCCAAUUGCGUAGGCACAAUUAAUUAAUCAUACAAUC